UUCUUUUUUUCUUCUCAUGACUAUUUAUUUUUUUCUCUCCCACCAAACGAGUCAAUAGUAAAAACCUUAGGCUUAUUUGGACUAAUCCGACCAAGAUGCGUUUUUCUUGGCUAUAUUGUCUGGAUUUUUUAGUUAACAUGUGCAUUCUCACACAUAUAUAUAGCAAUUUCUCACCAAAAUUUACGGCCAAAAUGCAUGUAAAAUAUAGUAAUCUAUCAAAUUUUAGAGACCAUUUCUCACUUUGUUGAAGUUUUGGUAGUUGUCACUUUGUUUUUCUAAUCAAGAUCUCAACUUUUUUUCCCUUUUUUGUUCUUCUUUGACCUUCCCAUGUCUUAGCAGUAGUUUCCCUUCUUGGGUUUAUUAGCUUUUUCAUUGUUUGUUAGUAAUUUAUAAUUACUUGCUAUGUUUAUGUUUGUUUCUGAUUCUGUUGUGUUAGCAUAGCCUAUAUACUUGUGAUAUUGUUUUUGUUGAAUCUUGAUUUGGUGGGGUUGGAUUUGAAUGCUUGUUGACUUGUUUUUAGUAGUUGAUUGUUUGAUUUAAGUAUCAAGAUCUUAUUUUUAUUUGUGUAAAAGAAAGUUUUUGAUGUUGGAAGGAAGGAUUUAGGGGGUUUAAUAGAGGAAACAAAAUGGGGAACACUUGUGUAGGACCAAGUAUAUCUAAAAAUGGAAUCUUUCAAUCAGUUUCAGCAGCAAUGUGGCGAUCCCGGUCACCGGAUGAUACUGCUUCCACUGUCACUAAUGGUGAAAGUGGUAGGGUUGAAACACCAACUUCUGCUAAAGAAACUGAAUCACCUUUGCCAGUUCAAGAUAAGCCACCAGAACCAAUGACAAUGCCUAAGUUAGAAGAGAAAGAGGAGGAAAAACCGAAAAAGCCCAAAAAGCCGGCUGAAAUGAAGAGGGUGUCUAGUGCUGGACUUAGGACUGAUUCUGUGUUACAGAAGAAAACUGGGAAUUUAAAGGAGUUUUUUAGUAUAGGAAAGAAAUUAGGACAAGGGCAAUUUGGAACUACAUUUCUUUGUACUGAAAAAGCAACAGGGAAACGAUAUGCUUGCAAAUCGAUUGCUAAGAGGAAGUUGUUAACUGAUGAUGAUGUGGAAGAUGUUAGAAGGGAAGUUCAGAUAAUGCAUCACUUGGCAGGACAUCCUCAUGUUAUAUCGAUAAAAGGGGCUUAUGAGGAUGCUGUAGCUGUUCACCUUGUUAUGGAGUAUUGUGCCGGGGGUGAGCUUUUCGAUAGGAUUAUUCAACGAGGACACUAUACAGAAAGAAAAGCAGCUGAGCUCACCCGGACUAUUGUUGGAGUUGUAGAAGCUUGUCAUUCUCUUGGUGUCAUGCAUCGUGAUCUUAAGCCUGAGAAUUUUCUUUUUGUUGAUCAGAAGGAGGAGUCACUUCUCAAAACAAUUGACUUUGGGUUAUCAAUAUUCUUCAAACCAGGCGACAAAUUUACUGAUGUUGUUGGCAGUCCGUAUUAUGUUGCACCAGAAGUUCUCCGAAAACGUUAUGGUCCUGAAGCUGAUGUCUGGAGUGCUGGUGUAAUUAUCUACAUCUUAUUAAGUGGAGUACCUCCUUUCUGGGCUGAAAAUGAACAAGGAAUAUUUGAACAAGUCCUGCACGGUGAUCUUGACUUCACGACAGACCCGUGGCCAAGUAUUUCAGAAGAUGCAAAAGACUUGAUGAGGAGAAUGCUUAUUCGAGAUCCAAGGAAACGUUUAACUGCACAUGAAGUUUUAUGCCAUCCUUGGGUUCAAGUUGAUGGUGUGGCGCCUGAUAAGCCUCUGGAUUCAGCAGUUCUGAGUAGAAUGAAGCAAUUUUCUGCAAUGAACAAGCUCAAGAAAAUGGCUUUGAGAGUCAUUGCUGAAAGCCUAUCUGAAGAAGAAAUUGCUGGUCUUAAAGAAAUGUUCAGGAUGAUAGACACGGACAAUAGCGGUCAAAUAACUUUUGAGGAGCUCAAAGAUGGAUUAAAAAGAUUUGGCUCUAAUCUGAAGGAGUCUGAGAUCUAUGAUCUUAUGCAAGCAGCUGAUGUUGAUAACAGUGGAACAAUUGAUUAUGGUGAAUUUAUAGCUGCAACAUUACACCUUAACAAAAUUGAACGAGACGAUCAUCUUUUUGCUGCAUUCUCUUACUUUGAUAAAGAUGGAAGUGGCUACAUCACUGCAGACGAGCUUCAACAUGCUUGUGAAGAAUUUGGCAUUGGAGAUGUUCGAAUGGAAGAAAUGAUCAGAGAAGCUGACCAGGACAAUGACGGACGUAUUGAUUACAAUGAGUUUGUUGCUAUGAUGCAAAAGGGAAAUCCAGUGCUUGGUGGUGGCAAGAAAGGUCUAGAGCAAAGUUUCAGCAUUGGAUUCAGAGAAGCACUAAAACUAUAGGUCUUUGAAGAGUAUCUUUUGUUCCUUUAGGGUCGUUUCGACGCGAGAUACUGUUUCUCUAUUAGUUUCUUCAUUUGAAUAUUUGUGUUUUUAAAGAGUGUAUAGUAUUUAAACUAGUUUUGCUAAACAGAUUGCUAUUUUCCAGUUCAAUUUUCAGUUCAUUCCAAAUUUUGCACAAUUUUUCCCUUUAAGUUUUCAGUGAUCCUAUUAAGUAAUUGUAUAACAUGGGAUGUAACAACAUUAUACUGCAGUUUUUAAUCAUGCUGUUAAUUGAAA